CUGUUAAAAGGCAUGCGCAGUUUCAUCAGUUUCAAAUUUGUUUCUGUCAAAAAUAACGGAGAGGGAGAGUCGAGCAUCUGCGUCCAGCGUCGCGUCACUGUGUACUCGUUAGUGUUGUGUUUGUGCGAUCUAAAAAGAAAAAUAAGUGAUGUAUAAUAUUCGUUGAAUGGCUAACAGGGAAAUUAGAACACAGAUAAGUCCUCCAGCAAGAAAAUACUAUGGCAAGAAGCUCAGAAAGUACUGAUUAUAGUAGUGAAAUGUAUGGUUCAUUGUUGAUUUACCGUAAUGAUGGCGAGAAAGGACCAAUAUAUGAUUUAUCUGAAGGAACAACUACAAUAGGUGCUUCUACAGAUGCUGAUAUACGAUUGAAAAUUAAGGAUAUACGCCUGGAAGAUAUCCACUGUUUACUUCAAGUAAACACAAAUGGAAUUGCUGUUAUCUUUAACAAAUCUAUAGCAGCCCCUGUGACUAUAAAUGGGGAUCCAUUGGUAUAUUCGAAGAACAGAGUUCUCAAACAUGAAGAUUACUUCGAAGUACUAGGGAAGAAAUUUCAAUAUUUCAAUGACAACAUUUCUGAGAAAGAUUAUCAAAGAAGUCUUACUGCAAUUCGAAAAUCAGUUGCACCUGUCUUACAAACAAAAACCAUAAGUACAAAAAUUCCUGUUCAUCAAAGGGUCUUGAUAGCAAAUGAAAGGGAUAAAAUUACAGAUUAUGUCACUCCUGAAAAAUGUCCAAAUAGGAGAUCUGGUACUGAUGGAUCUAAAACAACAUCUAAACUGGUCGUUUCGAAGGCACUAAGCAAAUUACCUAAAUCAAGUAGAAGAUUGUCUCUCAAUCUCACUCCUCGAGUACUAAGCUCUAGGAGAAUGAGCCUGCCCAAAAAAAAGUGCGGAGGUUGCGCGGAUCUCAUAGAUUUCAGUUCUCCUAGAAAGUCAAUAUUGAAGAGAAAUAGCAAGAAGCUAUCUGAAAUAAAUGAUCUUCCUGACGAAAAUUAUUUGACAUCGGAAGAAGAAACACCAGGAAGCGGGUUGAGGUCUUCAAGAAGUGUGGGACGAUCUUCAAUUUCUAAUAUUCCUGCAGAUAGUAAUAAUUCAAAAGAAAAAACUCCACGGAACAUCUCAACUUCCUCGCGGAGCAUUGAAAGAUCUUCACCUAAUGAAAGAACAUUAUCAGUCGAUCUGGAAGAAAUUACUCCAGAAUCCAGCAAAAGAUUUUCGAGAAGCAUGGACAGAUCUUCAACAAACAGAACAUCAAAAGUUGCCUAUACGAAUGAGUUGACUUUACCUUUGGAUGGAACCACACCAGAAACCAGUGGAAGAUACUCGAGAAAUAUUGACAGUUCUUCAGCAAAGAAAACAAAGGCUUUGGAUGAAAACACUCCAGAAACCAACAAAAGAUUGACAAGAAAAACUCAUUCAGUUAGUAAUAUGAAUGAUAUGACCUUACCUUUGGAUGAAAGCACACCAGCACACAGUCAAAGAUAUUCUCGAAAUAAUGUUAGUUCUUCAACAAAGAGGACAGCAUCUACAAUUGAUGAUACUUUGGAAGAUAAUGAUUCAACAUUGCCUUUGGACGAAAAAUCGCCUAAAGCCGAUAUGAGUUCUUUGAGAGUUGAAGAAAGAUUUUCAGAACAGAAACAAACCGUUGAUAUUCACGAAGAAAAUGAUAUGAUCAUGUUCUUGGAAACGAAAAUUCAAGGAAACAGUCGGAGAUCUUCAAGAAGUUUGGUGAGAUCUCCAGGAGCAAAUAGGAUAUCAUCGGUCAGUAACCUUCCAGGCAAAAAUGAGGUUACUUCAGGAACAAGCCAUAUAUUUUCCAAAAAUAUAGAGAGUUCUCCAGCAAAACGAAGAGCUUCUUCAAUUGGUUAUCUUCAAAAAGAAAGUGUUUUUUCUUUGAAAGAAAAAACACCAGAUAUCAAAUCCAGAUCUUCAGGAAACUCACGAAGAUCUUCAUCAGAUACCGGCAAAACAUUUUCCAAAAAUAUCGACAGAUUUUCAUAUAAGAAAAGAACAUCUUCUGUUAGUAACCUUCCAGAAAAAAAUAAUUUGACACCAGGAACCAACCAAAGACAUUCAAUAAAUAUAACAAGUUCUCCAGCAGAAAGAAAUAACAUUUCAAUCGGUGAUGAUCAAACAUCAGAUUUUGAGGCAGAAACUAAACGAAGAUAUUCGAUAAACCUACAAAAUUCUUCAGGAAGAACAGCUUCUUCACUUGGCAACCAUCUUGAUGAAGAGAAAACACCAGAAACCAAUUACAGGUCUUUAAGAAACACAGGGAGUUCUUCGGCAAAAAGAACUGCUACUUCAAUUGGUAAUCUUACAGGAGAAGAAACUCCAGAAACCAGUAAGGGGCUUUCAGUAAAAAUUAAUGGAUCUUCAUCGAAAAGGAUAUCUUCUAUUGAUAAUGAAACUGAUUCAUCACGAUGUUUAGACAGUAAAUUAAAAAACACCCAGAAAUUAUUUGAAAAUAAUGCUCACAAUGUGAAAAGAAAAAUAUAUUCAGUUGGCAACAUUCAUCAUGAUACAUUGAAUCUCAGAUAUUCUUUGAAGGAAAAAACCAAGUCUAUGAUGGAAUUUGGAUACCAUUCUGACACUCAAGAUGCACCUAGAAGGUCAGUGAGAAAGAGCAGCAAACUGGAUGGUUCUUACGAAGUUUCCGUUUUUUCUGGACUGAUGGAAACCGAUUCUCAGAUCCUCAAUUCUAAAGAAGACCAUACAGAAAACAUUAAUAAAUUGAACUUGAGGUUUUCACUAGGUGGACACACUACGAAAUCUUCCGUUAAUUCAAGGAUAUCCUCAAGAAGUAAGGCACAUUCAUUGGGAGGUCUUAUGGUUGAAGCAAAUUAUCAGAGAAAAAAUAAAUCAACUGCAGCCAUUAGAAGUUCUGACAGAAGAAAUACGCGAUCUGUUUAUAACUCGGAAGAUUAUCUGUCUAUUGAAUCUGGCAUACCUGCUCAAUCAAGAACAGGUAGAUCUUUAGCAAGAAAUACAUAUUCACACGAAGAUGUUGAAGAUGAUCUAGAGAAUGAAGUAUUCGAAUCACCUGUUGAUAAGAGAAAAUCUUCGCUUAGACGAGUAUCUUCAAUGAGUUCAACAAGUGGAAUUUCUGAAAUUGACAUAGACAGUGAACCAGAUCAGUCCACUCAAUCAACAAACAUAAAAUCUUCAGCUGGUAGAUCUUCAAGAAGAAAUACAUAUUCAGUUUUAGACUAUACAGAUAAUCAAAGGAAUAAAAUGAUUGAAUCACCUGUUGAAAUCUUGAACAGAAAAUCGACUUCUUCAAGUAGAAAUUGUUCUUUCAUUGAAAUAUCUGAAGAUGAUCUGGAAAAUAGUAAUGCAGACCAAGAAAGUUACAGGAGAACUUCUUUUAGAAGGUCUUCAAGAAGAAAUGCUUCUUCAGUCGAGGAAUCUGAAGGAGAUUUCGAGAAUGAAGAUGAACCCCCUGAAUCAAUGAAUAGAAAAUCAUCAAUAAGUGGAACUCCUUCUCUGAUUGAAAUAUCUGAAGAUGAUUUAGACAAUGGUUCAGUCCACGAAAGUAGGAGGAGAAGUUGGAAUAGACGUUCUUCUUCAAGAAGGAAUACAUCUUCUGGGGUUUCUGAAAAUCGUGCAGAUAAGAAAGGUCAAUCACUUGUAAUGAGUGUGAAUAGAAAAUCAUCAUUGGGUAGAAAUUCUUCUGUACUUGAAAUUUCUGAGGAUGAUCUGGAGAGUAGUAAUACAGACCAGGGAAGUAACAGAAGAACUUCUGUUAGAAGUUCGUUGAGAAGGCAUUCUUCUUUGAUGAAAAAAUCUGAAGGUGAUUUGGAGAUUGCAGAUGAACCAACAUUAAUAAGAAAAUCAUCAGUUGAUAGAUCUUCUUCAAGAAGAUAUGGAUCUACAUCUGAACAUUCUGAAGGUCAUGCAAAUGAAAAAGAUCAAUCACCUCUCAAGGCUGCAAAUAGGAGAUCUUUCGUCAGAUCUUCUCUGAAAAAUGAAUCUCUGAUUGAAAAACAUUCAAUUCAAGAUCUAGAGAAUGAAAUGAAUGAAUCGCCUGCUGGAACAAUGAAUAAAAAAUCAAGAUCAUCAAGAAGAAAUUCAUCUGGAGAUGAUCUGGACAAUAGUGAUACAGACCAAGAAAGUAACAGGAGAAUUUCUGUCAGAUACUCAUCUUUGAACAAAGAAUCCGAAGUUGAUUUCAAGAAUGUUCAGGAAUUUCUAAGGGGAUCAUCAGGUGGUAGAUCUUUAAGAAGUAGAUAUUCAACUGAACAUUCUGAGAAUCAGGAUGAAAAAGAGCAAUCGACUCUAAAGGCUGUUAACAGAAAAUCUGUUAGUAGAUCUUCUCUGAAAAAUGAGUCUCUGGUUGAUAGACAUUCGGUUCAAGAUUAUCAAGAAAAUCUAGGAACUGAAAUUAAUGAAUCAUCUUCUGGGACAAUAGAUAGAAAGUCAGCAUCAUCGAGUAGAAAUUCUUCCCUGAUUGAAAUGUCUGAAGAUGAUCUGGACAGUAGUAAUACAGACCAAGAGAGUAACAGGAGAAAUUCUGUUAGAACUUCGUUGAGAAAAACAUAUUAUUUGAUGAUAGAAUCUGAAGGUGAUUUAGAUAAUGCAGAUGACUCAACUGUCCAGGUAUUUAUAAGGAACUCUUCAGUUGGUAGAUCUUCUUCAAGAAGAAAUACAUCUAUUUCUGAACAUUCUGAAGAUCUUGCGAAUAGAAUAGCUCAAUCACCUGUCAAGACAGUAAAUAGAAUAUCUGUUGUCAAAUCGCCCUUGAAAAAUGAAUCACCUGCAGAAGCAAUGAAUAGAAAAUUGUCAUUAAGUCGAAAUUCUUCUGAAAACAGCACUAUUCAAGAAAGUAACAAAAUAACUUCUGUUAGAAGGUCAUCUAGGAGAGAUUUAUCUUUGAUGAAAGAAUCUGAAGUUGAUUUAGAGCAUGAAGAUGAACCAACUGUUCAAACACUCACCAAGAAAUCUCCAGUUGGUAGAUCUUCUAUUGGUAAAACUACAUUUUCUACUGAACAUUCUGAAGAUCGUACGAAUGAAAGAGAUCAAUCUCCUCUGCACGCUGCUAACAAAAAAUCUGUUGCUAGAUCUUCUCUGAAGAAUAAGUCUCUUGUUGACGCACAUUCAAUUCAGGAUCCUCAAGAAAAUCUAGGAAAUGAAAUGGAUGAAUCACCUGUUGGAACAGUGAAUAGAAAAUCAUCAUUGAGUAGAAAUAUUUCCUUGAAUGAAAAAUCUGAAGAUGAUCUGGACAAUUGUACGGACCAGGAAAGUAGCAGGAGAACUUCUGUCAGGUCAUCUGGGAGGAAUUCGACUUUGAAUGAAUCUGGAGAUAAUUUGGAGAAUGAAAUAGAAUCAGCUGUUACGGAAUUUAUAAGGAGAUCUUCAGUUGAUAGAAGUGGAAAUACAAAAUAUCAAUCACCUGUCAAGGCUGUAAAUAGAAAAUCUGCUGUUCGGUCGUCCUUGAAAAAUGAAUCACCUGCAGAAGCAAUGAAUAGAAAGUCAUCAUUGAGUAGAAAUUCUUCUCUAGUUGAUGUUUCUGAAAACAGCACUUUAGAUCAAGACCAUAUCAAGAGGACCUCUGUUAGAAGGUCAUCAAGUAGGGAUUCAUCUUUGAUGAAAGAAUCGGAAGUUAAUUUAGAGAAUGAAGACAAACCAACUGUUCAGGCAUUCACGAGAAGGUCUUCAGUUGGUAGAUCUUCUAUGGGUAGAAAUACAUCUUCAACUGACCAUUCUGAAGAUCGUACGAAUGAAAUUCUGAAGACUGCUAGUAGAAAAUCUGUUGCUAGAUCUUCUCUGAAGAAUAAGUAUGUUGUUGAUGCACAUUCAAUUCAAGAUCCCCAAGAAAAUCUAGGAAAUGAAAUGGAUAAUAGAAAAUCAUCAUUGAGUAGAAAUAUUUCCUUGAAUGAAAAAUCUGAAGAUGAUCUGGACAAUUGUACGGACCAGGAAAGUAGCAGGAGAACUUCUGUCAGGUCAUCUGGGAGGAAUUCGUCUGUAGUAAAUGAAUCUGGAGAUAAUUUGGAGAAUGAAGUAGAAUCAGCUGUUACGGAAUUUAUAAGGAGAUCUUCAGUUGAUAGAAGUGGAAAUACAAAAUAUCAGUCACCUGUCAAGGCUGUAAAUAGAAAAUCUGCUGUUCGGUCGUCCUUGAAAAAUGAAUCACCUGCAGAAGCAAUAAAUAGAAAGUCAUCAUUGAGCAGAAAUUCUUCUCUAGUUGAUGUUUCUGAAAACAGCACUCUAGAUCAAGACCAUAUCAGGAGGACCUCUGUUAGAAGGUCAUCAAGUAAAGAUUCAUCUUUAAUGAAAGAAUCUGAAGUUGAUUUAGAGAAUGAAGACAAACCAACUGUUCAGGCAUUCACGAGAAGGUCUUCAGUUAGUAGAUCUUCUAUUGGUAGAAAUACAUCCUCAACUGACCAUUCUGAAGAUCGUACGAAUGAAAUUCUGAAGACUGCUACUAGAAAAUCUGUUGCUAGAUCUUCUUUGAAGAAUAAGUAUGUUGUUGAUGCACAUUCAAUUCAGGAUCCUCAAGAAAAUCUAGGAAAUGAAAUGGAUGAAUCACCUGUUGGAACAGUGAAUAGAAAAUCAUCAUCAUUGCAUAGUAAUUCGUCCCUGAAUGAAAAAUCUGAAGAUGAUCUGGACAAUUCUAUGGACCAGGAAACUAGCAGGAGAACAUCUGUCAGGGCAUCUAAAAGGAACUCGUCUUUGGUUAAAGAAUCUGGAGAUAAUUUCGAGAAUGAAGUAGAACCAACUGUUGAGGAAUUCAUAAGGAGAUCUUCAGGUGGUAGAAGUAGAAAUACAUCUUCCACUGAACAUUCUGAAGAUCAUGGAAGAGAAGAAGGUCGAUCACCUUCUAAGUCUGUUGAAAGAAAAUCUGUCGGCAGAUCUUCAUUGAAGAAUGAGUCUCUGCUUGAACGUUCUGAAGCUGAACUAGCAAAUGUUUCAAACCGGUCUACUCAUUCAAGAACCAGCAGAUCUUCAAGCAGAAUUCGAGACUCCAGUUUUGAGGAAGUCGAUUUGGCCACUCCAAAAUCAUCAGCAAAGAAACAAAGGUCAAAUGUUCUGCCAUAUGCACCAAAAACCGAGGUCAUCACCCCCACCACUCCCGAUGGCAUUAAAAGCGACGAUGCCGGAUUCAAAACGCCUCUGAACACUCCGGGGCUAUUCAACGAAAUCAAGAAAUCCAUGUUGAAGUCGAGAAGCAAGUUGCAAAAGUCGUCGAGCAAUCUCCUGGAGGAAUUCAAUAAAGACACUGGCUUAAAAAGACCUAGAGAGUCUGUUGGAGACUCUGGUAGGAGUACCAAGAAGAUGAGGUUGAUAAUAAAUGAAGACGACACAUUUGAGGAGUCCCACACUUUCGAAUCAGAUGCUUCACCAGAAGAAUCGUACGAUAAUAUUGUUGAAAAUGACACUGAUGACAAUUUUCACAGUGAUAAUGGAAUUCUGGAGAAAAGCAGAUUGAAGUCACCAAAGAGUGAUCUUCGCGAGGUGAAAAAUAAAUCUGCAUCCCAUAAAUUGGUCAAAUCGCCGAAGAACGAUUUGAGGAAUAUCGUGGGGGUGAAAAAAUUGUUUUCCACCCCUAGAAAUGCGAAAUCGCCCAGGAAUGAUUUGACAAACGUUCCUAACUUACGCAAGAUCAUGUCACCGAAGUCGCAGAACAGCCCUGCGAACGAUCUGACGGACGUGAGAGGCUUGAAGCGCCUCAUGAAGACACCGAAGGUGACAAAGGCCCCUCUGAACGAUCUCUCCGACAUAAACAUGGAGGGCGUGUCGAAAAUGUUCCACGUUUCGGGCGUCCAUCGAUUGAGCACCAGCAGCGACAUCGAGAACAAUGAAGACCUCUUCGACAGGCUGUUCGACAAAAGGCCGGCGAGGACUUAUAGGGGUACGAGUGCCUCGCCGAGAGGCAAGUCGAUGGACGCGUAUGGGGGCGAUAGGCGCAAGACGAUGGGCGAUCGCGGCGACUCGAAGUCGAGUCCGAGGGUGUUGGAUUGGGUGGAGGAGCAGAAGGUCAUCCGGAUGGAUAGAGCCAGGAAAAUGACUGAAAGUGAAGAAAAAAAACCAACUAAAGUUGAAGAAAAGUCGGAAACACCUAUAAGUCAUCCUACCAGAAGUAGGAGGAAUGUAUCUGCAGAAACAGUCUCCAAAGAGAGUGAAACAGGCAUAGUAGAUUCGCCAUUAGCAUUAACAAGAGGCAGAAGAAAUGUCAAAAAAGUAAAAGUAUCACCGCCUCCGAAGGUCACUAGGAGCAGAAGAAAAGCGAAAGAAGCGCCAAUCAUAUCUGAAGAAAAACUACAGUUGUCUGAAUUGGAUGAGACAGACACCAGUAUCGUUGCUAGUGAAAAAAACGCUACUUUCGACGAAAUUCAACAACCAAAUAUGGAAGCUAACAAAAAAGCCCCAAAAAGACAAAAUACUAGAGCACAAACUAAAGUUGUUGAAACAUCAGAAGAUGUCACUUUCUCGGAUAUUUCCACUGCAAGUGUUGGUGAAGAGCCUAAAAAACGAGGUAGAAGAGCUGCUAACAAAAAGGAAGUUCUGGAGGAAACACCAAAACAAACAACCAGGGGGGCCAAGAAAGUGAAAGCCAUUGAAAAAGCUGAAAAACCACCAGCAGAAUCUUCUAGAACCAGACAAAGAACGGCUAAAGUGGCUCAAACUGAAGAUAUUGAACAAGAACCUGAAGAAAAGAAACCUGCUGGAGUUGUUGAAAUAUCUGUUGAGACUUUCUCGGAUAAUUCCACUGCAGGUUCUGGUGAAGGGCCGAAAAAUCGUGGAAGGAUAGUCGCAACCAAAAAGGAAGUUCAGGAUGAAACACCGAAAAAAGUAACCAGGGGUGCCAAGAAAGUGAAAGCCAUUGAGGAAGCUGAUAAACCACCACCGCCAGAAUCGCCCAGAACCAGAAAAAGAACUGCUAAAGUGGCUCAAAGUGAAGAAAUUGACCAAGUACCUGAAGAAAAGAAACCUGUAAGAAGAGGUAGAAAUGAGGAUGAAAUUGUGAAGAAAGUCUCACAAAGAAAGGGGAAAGGUGCCAAGAUAGACAUAGAAAUGAAAGCAGAACUAGAGGAAGAAACGAUAGUAAAACGAAGAGGCAGACUAGCUACAGUCGCCCAAAAUGAGGGUAAACCAGAAGAUUUGGACACUAAGGAUAGCAAAGGAGAGGAAGAAGUUGUGCCAAGAAGACCUAAAAGAGGGCGGAAAGCGUCUGUGGAUGAAAUUCCAAAAGAAAAAAUUGAAGAAGUCCCGCCACCCAAAAGAGGAAGAAGAGGAAAAGCAACACCAGUAGAAACUGCAACGGAAGUACAAAUACAAAGUGAAAUGAAACAAGAAAAAGAAGCAGACAAAGAGAAAGAACCAAUUGUCGAGAAGCCAGCAAAAGGAAGAGGAAGAACUAUCAAAGUGGUCGAAAAUAAGGAUGCCAAGGAAGAGGAAAACGUAGAAGUGAGUGUCAAAGAAGAAGAUAAAGCGGUUCCAAAAAGGGGUAGAAGAGGGCGAAAAGCUUCCGUGGAUGAUAUAGUGAAGGAAAAAGUUGAAGAAGUUGUGCCAGCCAAAAGAGGAAAGAGAGGAAAAGCAGCAAUUUCGGUGGAAGUUGAAAAAGAGUUGGUGUCUCUAGAACCAGAAGUACAAACUGAGGUCGAGAAGAGCCUAAGAGGCAGGAGUAGAUCCAAAAAGGCAGUAGUGGAGGAGGAAAACAUAGACACAGUAUCACCAGUGAAAAAGAGGCCUCAAAGAAAUAAUAAAAGUAAAGAAAUUGAGCAAGAACCGGAAGUAGUAGCUAAGAAAACAACACGUUCAAAAGGUAAUGUAGCAGAAAAAAUGGGGAAAAAUGAAAUGGAUGAAUCUUUGACGUCAAAACAAACAAGGGCGGUAAGAGCCAAUAAAAAAAAUUUAGACAUUUCUGCCGAAGCUGAAGCAACGGGAAGAAGGAAAAAACACGUACAGUUCAAAAUAUGAAUGAUUAUUUUUAAUUAUUCUAGUUAUGUGUAUAUUCCAAUUUUUUAAUGGAUAUCUAUAUUUUCUUUUAGUGGAUAUAUUUUAGAAUUUUUUUGUACAUUGCCAUUUUAUUUUUAGACAUUGAUAAGUUGUAUGUAGUGUCUUGAAUGUUUUUUAUAUUCCGUGAUUAUAAAGAGUGGAACAUAUUCAACAA